GUAAAGACUGAGCAAGGAGGAAGGCAGACUAUAAGAAUACGGACUCAAAGCAAACUGGGUCAGAGCAACCCUUUUUUCUUUCAAGACAUCGUGUGGAGUCCUGAAUGUGAGCACCAAACCACAAGCAGCAACAGCAAGAACCGCAGCAACCAUGAAGUUUCAAGCUUUUGCCAUCCUUCUGCUUUUCACCUGCAUGUACCUGAGUGUGGCGCAAGGCUCCUACGACAACUGCUGCCUCGGCUAUGUCAAAAUGAUUGGAAAACGUGCAAUGAACAACAUCGAGAGCUACAAGAUACAGGAAACAGAUGGCGAUUGCAACAUCAGAGCGAUUGUGUUUACGAUGAAAAGGAGGCGCGAUGGCAAACAGAGAACCCUUUGUGUCAAUCCCACUGAGCCCUGGGUGGCUGCGCAGAUGAGCGUUGUGGAUAAAAAAAAGCUGAAAAAGAGUUCUUAAAGGAAAGGAGAGAGAAAAGGGGUCACUUCACCUCCCUGUCAGGCGUCAUUUGUCAUCUUUAAUCACAUGGAUUGUGUUUCCUUAUUUUUAUAUUUCCUGUGGCUGAGAGUGAAUAUAAAACAUGUAAGCAGUCCUUUAUACCACUGUCAUAGUUUAUCAUGAACGUUAUAGCCAGUAUCAACAAUUUCAUUUAUAUGAGCCAUUACUAACGAUGGCUUCUCUAUGAUGUGUAGAACCUGCUAAGAAUGAGCCACUCUUCGGCAGCUUUAAAAUGUGAUUAAAUCUGUGAAAAAAAAAAAGGAACACCUUUGUGAUAAGCUGA